GCCGGACCGCAAAAGAACCUUGGGGAGCUGUGAUCCGGGUGAGAGCUGUUAUCCGGGUGAGAGCUGAUAUCCGGGUGAGAGCUGUUAUCCGGGUGAGAGCUGUUAUCCGGGUGAGAGCUGUUAUCCGGGUGAGAGCUGUUAUCCGGGUGAGAGCUGUUAUCCGGGUGAGAGCUGUUAUCUGGGUGAGAGCUGUUAUCCGGGUGAGAGCUGUUAUCCGGGUGAGAGCUGUUAUCCGGGUGAGAGCUGUUAUCUGGGUGAGAGCUGUUAUCUGG